AUGUGCCAAGAUCAUAUAUGUCAAGCGCCAGAUCCGGACGAAAUUGAAAAAGCUUUAUAUAAUUAUGAAAUUAGGAAGAAAGCUGCCGAAUGUCAUGAUACACCAAGAUUAAUAAUACACGAAGCUCGACUUAAAUUAUCUUCAGAUGCUGCUAUUACUAGUCCUCAAUAUAAUGCAUCACAACGUGUUAUUCAACGUAUUAGAAGAGAUGAUAAUAUUCCAUCAGAACCUAAAACAUUCGCGGAUAUUGUUAUUCCAUUAAAUUUUCAAAAUACUAUUACGAAUCAAAAGUUUCUUUUAUAUGAUAAUAAUGAUGUUAAUCGUCGAUUAUUGAUAUUUGCAAGCAAAGAACAAUUGGAUUUUUUAAAUCAAUGUGAAAGUUGGCAUUGUGAUGGUA